AUGAAUAUGCAAGAAAAAGUAGCGGUUAAUCUUUUAACGGAGAGUAUAGUAAAUACCAGUUCAAGUACAGAACAAGAAAACUCAAAUAUCAGUGAAACAGAUUGGAAUAAUAGUAGUCUUUCAGUCAGUAAUACAUCUUCAAGCACUGAAGAAAAUGACGAUUUAAUCUUAUUUCCCCUAAUGAAAUAUUUGAUGAGUGGAUAUAAAAGACAUCGGGUCGAACAUUACCUUCAUGUUGUGGAUAGUUGGACAGAUUUAGAAUUUAAAGAGCAUUUGCGACUAAAUCGUAUUACAGCAAUUCGAUUAAUAGAUCAAUUGCAUGAAAGUGGAUAUAUUCCUUCACAUUCAUUUGGAGUAAAACCAAUAGAAGCAAAACUCAGUUUUCUUAUAUUUUUGUGGCACAUGGCGAACACAGAACCUCUACGAACAAUAUCAGAUAGAUUUAACGUCUCUAUUUCAUCUGUCUUCCGAGUAAUUCGCCGAGUAACAGCUUGGAUUUUAACAAAAUUAGAUGAUAUUAUUAAGUGACCUAAUGGACAACACGUCGCAUAUGUUUGUCAACAGUUUUAUGCUAAGAGAGGCAUUCCAAAUGUAAUAGGGGCUAUUGAUUGUACUCAUAUUAGGAUAGAGAAACCUAAUGUGGAAAAUGCAAGAGAUUAUUGUAAUCGGAAAAAAUACUUCUCUAUAAACUUACAAGCUGUUGUAGAUUCGGAUAUGAAAUUGACUAACAUAUAUUGUGGUCAACCGGGUUCUCUUCAUGACGCACGAAUUCUAAAAAAGUCACCAUUAUACAGUUCAGCUUGUGAGAAUAGAGAAGUAAUUUUUCUAGAUGGAAAAUUUAUACUUGGGGAUUCUGCAUAUCCAUCAUUACAAUGGCUUGUUCCUCCUUUCCGUGAUAAUGGUCACCUUACUCCCCAUCAAACUGAAUUUAAUUUCAUACAUUCUUCAACGCGUAUGGUUGUAGAAAAAGCAUUUGGCUAUCUGAAAGGACGUUUUCGACGAAUUAAAUUUUUUACAGAAUAUUGCAAUUUACCAUUUAUUACAAAUACAAUUGUAGCUGCAUGUAUGUUACAUAAUUUUUGUUUAGACUGUGGUGAUGAAAAUUUUAAUGAUAAUGUGGAAUGUGAGGAACUAAAUGAUAUUGUUAAUAUAGAUGAUUUGGACGAAAAUAUUAAUUGCGGACUGUUAGUUCAGUUAGAUCGAAGAAUGCAAGUAUUCAGAGAAAUAUUUGAUCAGGAAUAA